AUGCCGCUCAAUUCAAAAGCAGUCUACUCCAAACUCAAUGCGGACUUCGUCCCGUUCUCCAGCCGGAGAAGUACCGUUCAUAGUACCAAAGGCAUUGUCUCGUGCACGCAGCCUCUAGCCGCGGCUGCGGGACAGAGGAUUCUGAAAGAGGGCGGAAAUGCUGCUGACGCCGCCGUAGCCGUAGCAGCGGCAUUAAACAUCACGGAACCAAGCUCCACUGGCAUCGGAGGUGACAUGUUCUGUCUCUACUACGAUGCCAAAACCAAGAAGGUCGGCUCUCUUAAUGGUUCUGGCCGCUACGCCGGCAAUGCAAGCCUCGAGAAGGUCCGAGGUGACUUGAAUAUCGCGCCUGAGAAUCAGGGUGGUCGUAUUCCCAUGACCAGUGCUCUUGCGGUGACUGUUCCCGGUGCUGCGGCAGGGUGGAUUGAUACAAUUGAGAAGUUUGGGAGUGGGAAGUUGUCAUUGGAGGAGAUUUUGAAGCCGGCUAUUGAGCUGGGAGAGGAGGGGUUUCCGGUUUCGGAGUUGGCUUCCUCGUUUUGGCAAGAAAGCGAGAACCUACUCCGCAAUGCAUCCCCGAAUUUCCGGGAGAUGCUCAAGACAGACCCCAACGGCAAAGAUGGUGUCAGAAGCCCUCUGCCCGGAGAUAUCCUGAAGAACCCAACGUUAGCCCAGACCUUCCGCUCUCUAGCAGCAGAAGGCAAGAGAGGUUUCUACGAGGGCCGGAUCGCAGAGGCAAUAGUCAAGGUGGUCCAGGAUCUCGGAGGCUACAUUUCCCUCGAUGACCUCAAGCAUCACGCGGAAGCUGGCACUCAAGCAACGGACGCUAUCUCGCUCAAGUUCAGUGGCCAGAAUAUCGUGGAGAACCAACGUGCCGGCACGGAUGACGGCGCCCACCACGGCGUCGAAAUCUGGGAACACCCACCCAACGGACAGGGUAUCGUCGCCCUGAUGGCAUUGGGAAUCCUCGAGGAACUCGAACGCACACACAAAAUUCCACAAUUCACUGAGGACCAGCACAACUCGGCCGAGUACCUACACGCCGUGAUUGAAAGUCUCCGUAUCGCCUUCGCAGAUGCUUCCUGGUGGGUCACAGACCCCGACGUCGAGAAAGUCCCAACAAAAGAACUCAUCUCCCAGCGCUACCUGACUGAACGCGCCAAACUCUUCAAUCCAGACCAAGCAUCCAAUGUUCUCGACCAUGGCAGUCCCGCACACAACCACUGCGAUACAGUGUACUUCGCCGUAACUGACAAGGAUGGCAACGGCAUCUCUUUCAUUAACAGCAAUUACGCCGGAUUCGGAACAGGAAUCAUCCCCCAGGGCUGCGGGUUCACUUUGCAGAACCGCGGAUGUAACUUCUCGCUUACAGCUGGACACCCCAAUGCUCUGGCUCCUCGCAAGAGACCCUACCACACCAUCAUCCCUGCCAUGAUCACGAACUCCACAGAUGGCUCGCUGCACUCCGUAUACGGCGUUAUGGGCGGGUUCAUGCAGCCCCAGGGCCACGUGCAAGUCCUGCUAAACAUGCUAGCGUUCAAGUACCACCCACAGGCAGCUCUGGAUGCACCACGGAUUUGUCUUGCGGCUACGUCUCCAGAGCCCGGGAAGGAUAUGGACCGGACAGUCUUUGUUGAGGAAGGGGUUAGUGAGAAGGCUGUUGAGGGGUUGAAGAAAAAGGGACAUAAGAUCCAGGUGUUGGAGGGGUGGAAGAGGGGUAUGUUUGGGAGGGGACAGAUUAUUAGGUCUCACUAUGAUGAUGGAGUUCUGGUGUAUAGUGCGGGUAGUGAUCCGAGAGGCGAUGGCAUGGCUAUUCCUGUCGUAUAA